AUGGAAAAGAAAAUCAAGCCAGUGCAGCUGAAGAAGAGGAUCGCCGUGGAAAAUAUAAAGUCGCUGGAACGGUUCCAGGCAGAAUACUCUACCGAUGAUGCCAAGCAGAUUCCAGAGGCGUUAGAGGAUUUGGAGAAGCAUAAAGAAGGGUUCUUCGCCGCGGUUUCCAAACUGGAAGAGCUCGACGACAGUGACACAAUGAUCGAAGCUUGCAUCAUGGAAAGGAUCGACAUCGAGGAACGCUGCCGCAAGCUGAAUUCUUUUCUUCGAGAGCAUCAACCGAAGGAAGAAGGUUCCCUUAACGAGACGACAGGUUUGGCAUCAUCUACGCUUGCGUUUGGUCGACCUCACGCGCCAAACCUACGCCUGCCAAAAAUUGAGCUGCCAACGUUCGAUGGAGACCACACAAAAUGGCUCUCGUUCCGUGAUCGGUUUAUAGCCAUGAUCGACGCUUCUGCCGAGCUACCGUCUAUCGCCAAACUGCAAUACCUGCUUUCUUCGCUCAAGGGGGAUGCAGCAUUACCCUUCGAACACACACCUCUAACGGCAGACAAUUAUUCAGUGACGUGGGCAGCACUUUUAAAACGGUACGAUAAUUCUCGUCUGCUAAUACGUGAGUAUUAUCGUAAAUUGCACUAUCUUCCCGGAGUGCAAUCGGUGUGCGUGGAUAAGCUAACCCACUUGGUGGAUGAAUUCACCCGUUUCGUCAACGGACUGGUGAAGCUCAAGGAACCGGUUGAUUCAUGGGACACACCACUAUCGAACAUGCUGCUUAUGAAACUGGAUCGUGAAACGCUAUUGGCUUGGGAAAAACACUCCGUACACUUCACCAAGGAUGCAUACAAAGAUGUAAUUGCGUUCGUGCAAGAUCGAAUCCAGAUCCUCAAAUCGACCAACAAUUUUGUGAGUGAGCAGAGCGCUAGUGGAACUAAGGUGGCCGGCAUUCAUCGUCACGCAGUGCAACGGAGGUUCGUCGCAAAUGCAGCUGCAUCGUGCCCUACUCCUGCUGUUUCAUCUGGUUCGAUUCAGCAGCCCAAGUGUCCAUUAGAGUGCGCAGAAGCUCACCCAUUACGCAGCUGUCCAGUUUUUAUCGGCAAGGAGGUUCAGCACCGCCGGGACGUCGUCUCAUCGAAGCGGUUGUGCUGGAACUGUCUAAGCAGCACACAUCAAGUCAGAGCGUGCAAAUCUGACUAUUCGUGUCGUACGUGGAAUCUCGCGUUCCAACUACCUGUCAUAAACGGGACGUUUUAA